CGUCUCUCGCUCCACACUCGCGCCCCGGGAUCGGUGCGCCUCUGCUGCGGAGCUUUGCGCGCUGGCAGGCCGGAGAGAGAUGACAACAGCCACCGCGGAACUGGCCAGACAAACAUGGAUCCCUGUACGACGCUGACUUCGCUGCUUUGGAUAUUAAUUCUGAACCUUUUGGAAGACUGCCGCGCGGAGGAAGUGGUGCUGCUGAAUUCUAAAGAGACACAAGCAGAACUGGGCUGGACCUCAUUUCCCCCCAAUGGGUGGGAGGAGAUAAGCGGCGUGGAUGAAAAGUACAAACCCAUCCGGACCUACCAGGUGUGCAACGUGAUGGAGCCCACCCAGCAGAACAACUGGCUGCAGACGGGCUGGGUGGCGCGGCGAGGAGGCCAGCGCAUCUUCGUGGAGCUCCAGUUUACGCUCCGCGACUGCAACAGCAUUCCCGGCGUGGCCGGCACCUGCAAGGAGACCUUCAACCUCCUUUACGUGGAGUCGGACCGGGACCUGGGCGGCGUGACCCGGGAGGAGCGCUACACCAAGAUCGACACCAUCGCCGCCGACGAGAGCUUCACGCAGGGGGAUUUGGGCGAAAGAAAGAUGAAGCUGAACACGGAAGUGCGAGAGAUCGGCCACCUCAACCGCCGGGGCUUCCACCUGGCCUUCCAGGACGUGGGCGCCUGCGUGGCCCUGGUGGCCGUGCGGGUGUACUACAAGCGCUGCCUGGCCACCGUCCAGAACUUGGCCAUCUUUCCCGACACGGUGGCGGAGGCGGCCUUUUCCACCCUGGUGGAGGUGCGCGGCAGCUGCGUCAACAACUCGGAGGUGGACGCCGACAGCCCUCCCAGGAUGCAUUGCAGCGCCGAGGGGGAGUGGCUGGUGCCCAUCGGGAAGUGCAGCUGCAGCGCGGGCUACGAGGAGGGACACAGCAGCUGCGAAGCGUGUCCCCCGGGAUCGUACAAGAUGUCCUCCAGGCAGCAGGAGUGCUUCCCGUGCCCUGCAAACAGCGCCGCCGAGGAUGAGGGCUCGGUGGCGUGCGUGUGCGAGGAGGACCACUUCAGAACCCCCCUGGACUCGCCCUCCUCACCGUGCACACGUCCUCCCUCACCACCUCAAGACUUGGUCUACACCCUGAAGCAGUCGACUCUCAUCUUGGAAUGGGGCGCACCGUCAGACACGGGUGGCAGAGUCGACCUGACCUACACCGUCGGCUGCCGGCGGUGCGCCGGCCGUAAGUGCGAGCCCUGCGGGGCGAGCGUCGGCUUCGUGCCUCAGCAGGUGGGCUUGGCGGAGAGAACGGUGACCGUGGUCAAUCUCCUCCCCAACACCAACUACACCUUCACUGUGGAAGCUUUGAAUGGAGUGUCGGAGCUGCUGGCCGGCAAAAGGUUCUACACCCAGGUCAACGUGUCGACAAGCUUACCUGCGUCAUCUCUGGUCAGUCAACUCCGAGCCGAGAAGAUCGAGGAGAAGAGCAUCACGCUGGUGUGGAGGCAGCCGUCGUCGCCAAACAGCAGCAGGACGGAAUAUGAAGUCAAGUACUAUGAGAAGGAGCAAAAGGACCAGAGUUAUUCCACCAUGAAAACGGCCGCCACUCGGAUCUGUGUCAACAACCUAAAAGCCGGCACCACCUACGUCUUCCUCAUCCGUCCCUUCACCACGCCCGCGCCCUCCUCCUCCCUGGCUUCGUCCCCUCUCUCCUCCUCCUCUUCCUCCACGUAUCCCUCGUCCUCCUCCUCCUCCUCGUCCUCCUCGUCCUCGUCUCCUCCGCCCAUGGACUACGGAGCCUACAGCGCUCCCCUGGAGCUGCAGACUCUGGGAGAGUUGGCUCUAGCGUCCAGUGAACAGAGUCCAGUGGUGAUCAUCGCCAUCGUGUCGGUGGCAGCGCUGGUCAUGCUCCUCUCCAUGGGGGUGGGACUGCACAUCUGGAGAAGACAAUGCGGCUACAGCAAAGCCUCUCAAGAGGGAGACGAGGAACUUUACUUCCAAUUCAAGAUUCCCACACGAAGGACCUACAUUGACCCGGAGACUUGUGAGGACCUGCUGCAGGCGGUCCAUGCCUUCGCCAAGGAGUUGGACAACUCCAGCAUCAAGAUAGAAAGGAUUGUUCACACAGGCGACUUUGGGGAGGUGUGUCGCGGCUGCCUCAAGCUGCCGAGCAAGAGAGAGCUGCCGGUGGCCAUCAAGACGCUGCGAGCGGGCUGCUCGGAGAAACAGCGGCGUUUAUUCCUCAGCGAGGCCGGCAUCCUGGGCCAGUUUGACCACUCCAACAUCAUCCGGCUGGAGGGCGUGGUCACCAGCGGUAACACCAUGAUGAUCAUCGUGGAGAGCAUGUCUAAUGGAGCCUUGGACUCCUUCCUGAGGAAACACGAGGGUCAGCUGAGCGUAAUGCAGCUGAUGGAUAUGCUGACUGGUGUGGCGUCGGGGAUGAAGUACCUCGCCGAAAUGGGCUUUGUCCACAAGCGCCUGGCUGCACACAAGGUUCUGGUGAACGCCAGCCUGGGCUGCAAGGUGUCUGGCUUCAGACCUCUUCAAGAGGACAAAAUAGAGGCCAUCUACACGACCCUGCACGGAGGGAAGAGUGUGGUUCUGUGGACCGCUCCAGAGGCCAUCCAGUAUCACCGCUUCUCCUCGCCCUCAGAUGUCUGGAGCUUUGGUAUCGUCAUGUGGGAGGUCAUGUCCUACGGGGAGAGGCCCUACUGGGACAUGGGCAACCAGGAUGUGAUCAAGGCCAUCGAGGACGGAUUCAGGCUGCCUGCACCGGUGAACUGUCCUCCGCAUCUGCAUCAGUUAAUGCUGGACUGCUGGCAGAAGGAGAGGACAGAGAGACCCAGCUUUAGUCAGAUACACUCAGCGCUCAGCAAGAGCAUCCGCUCCCCCGACGCCAUCGGCUCCUCCACGUUGGCACGAAGGACUCUGAGUUCUUCCAUCACACUAGCAGAAAGGCCCCUCCCCACCUUCCCGUCGUUUAACUCGGUAGGAGAGUGGCUGGACGCUGUGGACAUGGGCCGAUACAAGGACAACUUCACUGCCGCAGGAUACUGCUACUUGGAGUCGGUGGCACGGAUGACUGUACAAGACGUACUAAGUCUGGGCAUCACUUCCCUGGAGCACCAGAAGCUGAUCCUGGCCGCCAUCCAGACCCUGAGGGCCCAGGUCAUCCAAAUGCACGGACGGGGGGUGCAAGUGUAACCGACCGUCACCUGCAGACCACUACUGGGCACGUGCAGACGGGGACGGGGGGGGCGGAGAAGAGGCAAGAGAGACUACCGUACGUCUUUCCACGUGAAGGACACAUGAGAAGACCUCCUCCAAUUCUUCCUCACGCCUUCCGCCGUUUUUUUUUUUGUUUUUUUUACUACGAAGCCCCCCAGAGGACAGGUGAUUAGGGGGGCGGGGGAUGGGCGGAGGAGCGAUGUCACAUGACAAAAACUAUCAGCGAAGACGGACCACUUCUUCCCUCUCCUACUGUCCCCCCCUGGACUCUCCACAGUCUGCUUUCACUUUGAACAACACCAAGAUGCAAAUUAGCGUCGCCGAAUGCCAGAAGUGAUCUGGUAUCAGAUGGCGGAGGAAUAUUAAAGAAAGCGGCGGGCGUGUAGUCGGCAGUCGGAGCGGCUCCAACACAUUUCAAUCUGCUGGCUAAACGAGGCCCGCAGAAACAUUUUAAACCCGCGGGGGCUCCAGCGACUCAUUCUUCAGGAAUAUUGGAGCGCUCUUCUUGUUCCUCCUUCAGAACUGCGGAUGGCCGGCGUGGAAAGGGUCGUGUGUUUGAUCCCCCGUAAGUUAAGUCCUCCUCCUUUUUGUUCUUCUGAUCUUUCCCUCCGACUGUGUCUGGUACGUGCUGAUGAAAUAUUGACCUCCCUUUUAGCCUCAAGGUCAUCUUAAUCUUUCUUAUACUCAUUUUAUUUUAUGUUUUUUGUAAAAACUGACGUAUCUUCUCCAAAGAGUACCGCGUUAAAACUGCUGUAUGUCAACAUGUUCAACACCACCAACAAUAACUAGCAGAUGCUUCAAAGUGUUUUUUUUCUUCAAGUACCACCGUACUGAACAAAACAGUAGCAUAGUAGUCCUAAGUAUUCAUUUAAAAAAGAGUUAAAAGCCUACUGAAAUGAGAUGUUCUUAUUUAAACGGGGAUAGCAGGUCCGUUCUAGGUGUCAUACGUGAUCAUUUUUGCUGAAAGGAUUUAGUAGAGAACAUAGACGAUAAAGUUUGCUAAUAAAAAAAGCCUUGCCUGUACCGGAAGUAGCAGACGAUGUGCGCGUGACGUCACGGGUUGUCUGAACAUUGUUUACAAUCAUGGCCACCAGCAGCAAGAGCGAUUCGAACCGGGAAAGCGACGAUUUCCCUAUUAAUUUAAGCGAGGGUGAAAGAUUUGUGGAUGAGGAAAGUGAGAGUGAAGGACUAGAAAAAAAAUAGACUAUACAGUGGGAGCGAUUCAGAUGUUAUUAGACAAAUUUACUAGGAUAACUCUGUAAAAUCCCUUAUCUGUU